AUGGAUCCGCUAAGCCUGACUUGCUCAGUAGUAGCGCUGACACAAGCUGCCAGCUCUAUUGCAUCGUCGCUUUACACGGCUUUUGAAGCGCUGCGCACCGCCGACGAGCGCAUUGCAUCAUUCUGCGACGAAGUACAGAACCUUGCCGGGUUUCUUAACGCGAUCAACAAGGCGCUCACAGAAUGUGGAUCCAUGGGCAUGGCGACAGUGGGAGAAGACCUCUGGCGACAGAGCGAGCUAACGCUUAAGGACAUUGGCACGACACUGCGCGAGAUGGAACUUCUGGUAAACCAAAUAAAGGAGAAUAAUACGGAUGGUCGGCCUUAUGGAAUGUCUCUGAAACGACGCGCACAUAUUGCCAUCGACCUGAAAGCCCAUGGGACAGCAUUGUUGUCGUUCCGUGAUAGGAUACUGAAGUCAAAUUGGGCGCUCCAGACGAUUCUAAACACCAUCGCAGUUUCUGUGUCUCUCCGAAAUAGCGCUUCACAGGAAUCGAUCCUCAUGGCCCUCAACAAGCUGAAGAGAUCAGUCGAUGACGCUUUCCAUGGUACACGACAGACUGACGUUUCAGCGCGAACGCGGACCCGCGAUCGAUUUGAUGUGCAGAUGGCCCAGAACCUGCACAAAUUGGCCAAGGCUGCCCAGACGUUUCACACGACGGCAAGCGCCACGGCAUCUACCAUCCACGGCGGAAGUGCCCGUGUUGACCUAUGGGACAGUCCUCUUGGUGCAACAGUCAUGAGCAUUGCGGGAGACCUCUCGCCUUUCCAGCGUGAGCGUAUCGAGGGGUACAUUGACGGACAGAUGCAGCACUGCCUGGAGGAAGAGGCCUAUUCCACAUUGAUCCCUGUGCUCCCCGAGAGCGAAUUCGAAGCCGGAGACUACGAAAGAUAUACCAGCGUGUAUAAUUGUGACCAACAGGAACAUGGAUAUAACAUGAUUGACGGAGACGACGAUAGUGAGUUGGAAAAACUGUUCGUCGACAACUUGAUGGAGCUUGCCGAGAACCACAUUCGCGACGGCAAAUUCGCAAGGCGACUGGAAAUUGGUUGA